GGUCAGAUGGCGGACAGUGCGCUGGCGACAUCAGCAGCGUAGCAGAGUGCCGCCGCGCACCGCUCCGACGGCAUGCCUCGCCACACGCCGCCACACACCACCUCCAGCGCGAGGCCGAGGAUUCCUUUUCUCUGCAUCGUCUUCGCUCUACUAAGCCAAGCACAUUCAUUGCCGACCGCUUUGGCUCCCGCUUCAACCAAGCAGCUUUACGUUGUCUGCAAAAACCUAGAUUCAAACAUUUGUAUCACUUGGCUCCUCGACGUGCAAAAUGAUAAAAAACUCUCUAACGAGUUGACACCAUUUAACCGACCAUCACAAAUCUGCGGUCUCAGUGAUUUGAAACCUAUUCCACCCCAUCGGAAGUUCAUAUCAAUAACACCGCUCGAGUCUACCAAACACUUCACGGUCUUCUGUCAAGUCAUAAAGGCGGUUACAGAGGAGGCCUUUGAUCUCACGGACUUCACCAGACCUUUCACAAGCUUGUACCGGCAAAGAAGGCAAGCAUACGGCCUCAGGGGUCGAUACAGAGGUCAAACGCAGUCGCAAUAUUUGGCUAUAGACAGAGGCAACGGGAAAGAUGAGGGCAAGGCAGAAGCACACUCCGCAGCUGAUUCUUCUAGAGCAAGCGUUAGUGGAAAUAGUGGGAUGGGCCAAGCCCAAAGUCAAACGAUAUAUGAUCCGAGCUGCGAAGAGUGUUAUGAUGGUCGCAGUGACAUGGAGGCCUCGAAUUUGCGUCGACCUCAACCUGAUAUCUACGGUUACGGACGAGGUCCAUCAAGUCCAGGUGGAGCAGGAAUGACAGGUCAGGGGCUCUCAGAUCAUGGAGGAGGUUCAAAAGUGCCAGGAUAUGUAGGAACUGGAGGCCAGAGAAUACCAGGUCAUAACGGGAUUGAUGGACACAUGCCACCAAGUCAAAUUGGUGGACAAGGAUUACCAGGACAUGGUGGAGUUGGAGGCCAGAGAAUGCCAGGCCAGGGCGGAAGUAAUGGCCAAGAAAAUGGGCAGACCAGGGGAAGACCAGAUCAAGGCGGGGUCAAUGGCCAAGAAAUACCAAGACAAGGAGGCAUCAAUGGACAAGGUGGCUUAAAUGGGCAAGGAGUAGCUGGACACGGCGGUAUUGGAAGCCAAGGUAUACCUGGACAAGGAGGCAUUGGUGGACAAAGAAUACCAGGACAAGGUUCUAUGGGAGGCCAAGGUACGCCAGGAGAAGGCGGUAUCAAUGGGCAGGGAAUACCGGGACAAGGCGGUAUCAAUGGGCAUGGAAUACCGGGACAAGGCGGUAUCAAUGGGCAUGGAAUACCAGGACAAGGUGGUAUCAAUGGGCAAGGAAUACCGGGACAAGGCGGUAUCAAUGGGCAAGGAACACCGGGACAAGGCGGUAUCAAUGGGCAUGGAAUACCGGGACAAGGCGGUAUCAAUGGGCAUGGAAUACCAGGACAAGGUGGUAUCAAUGGGCAAGGAAUACCGGGACAAGGCGGUAUCAAUGGGCAAGGAAUACCGGGACAAGGCGGUAUCAAUGGGCAAGGAACACCGGGACAAGGCGGUAUCAAUGGGCAAGGAACACCGGGACAAGGCGGUAUCAAUGGGCAAGGAACACCGGGACAAGACGGGAUUGGUGGCCAAAGAAUACCAGGACAAGGUGGUAUCAAUGGACAAGGAAUACCAGGGCAAGGAGGAAUUAAUGGACAAGGAAUACCAGGACAUGGAGGAAUGAAUGGUCAAGGGAUACGAGGACAAGGCGGUAUCAAUGGGCAAAUAAUACCAGGGCAAGUCGGUAUCAAUGGGCAAAGAAUACCCGGACAAGGGGGGAUAGGAGGACAGAUAAUACCAGGACAAGGAGGUAUGAGAGAUCAAAGAAUUCCAGGACAAGGCGGUAUAGGAGGACAAGGAAUACCAGGACAAGGAGGUAUGAAUGGCCAAGGAGUACCAGGUCAUGGCGGGAUAGGAGGUCAAGGAAUACCAGGACAAACAGGUGUGGAUGGGCAAGGAAUACCAGGUCAUAGUGGGAUAGGAGGCCAAGGAGGAUACAAUGGUCAGGGAAGACAACCACAAACCGGCGAUCUGGGUCAAGUAGGGAUUACUGGCACAGGAUUUCCACAUCAAGGUGGGAAUGGGGGCUUGAUAACACCAAGUCAUAAUAUACAGAAAACACCAGCAGGUGGCUAUCCUUCAUAUCAUACUUCUAUAAUACCAAGUGGGAACUGGCCACUUGCGUCUGGACCAAUAAGAGGGGCAGAUGGUCUUCUUUAUUAUUGUUGUGUUGUAAACCCAAAUCAAGUGUCUGGAUUGAAUACAGGCGGUAUUCAACAGACUCCUGGCUACGGACAAACAAAUGGUGCACGUCAAAACACGGGAGGCAGUGGACAGGAAUCACAAUAUCCAAGUUACAAUUAUGGCUCUAGUAGAACUGACCAACCUAAUCCUACUGGACUACAGACUAGUUAUGGAAAUAUUCAUCCUAGUCCUACUUAUAAUUACGGCACGGCUGAUGUUCACCCAAACCAGUAUGGAGAGACAGGAGGCCAUUCUACUGGUAAUAAUUUACAAUCACCAACCAAUAAAUAUGACAAUGGUGGCAAUGGACAAGGUCGUCCAUACCCUUAUGGCUCUAGUGUAGGUAGCCAAUCUAAUCAGAAUGGACCCUACGGGCAGGAAUCAGCAGGUCCUAUUGACAAUAGGCAACAGGGUCCUAAUUAUUAUAGGCCCGGUGGAGUUCAAAUAAGUCCCGAUGGAACUUAUGGAAGUUCACAAACACCUACUGGUACUACUCAACCAACUGCACGCGGAAAAGGAAAUCAAUACGGUCCCGAUUAUACGUAUGGCUCUGGAAGACCAGAUCAGCCAAGUAUACCUGGAUUUUAUGGGCAAACCGGAGGUUCCGAAAUUCCAUACGGAUCUGGUGGCACUGGGCAACAAUCUCCCGUCGUUGGUGGUCAACCAACAGUAUACAGUCAAGACGGUAAUGGUCAACAACUAAUUCCGGGAUAUAACUACGGAUCAGGUAAAUCAGUAAAUGGACCAACAAACAGUGACUCGCAACUUUAUGGUGGGACAGGAUCGCAGUCCCAGUAUGGUGGACCAAGUGGAAAUGGUCAACUAAGCCCAACCUACACAAACGGUGGUGGGAAUGGGCAACCUAAUGUUGGUGGAACAUAUGGACAAAGAAAUGGCCCAAAUGCUUCUGGUGGCACUGGGCAACAAAAUACCUACGGACAGGGUGGAAAUGGCCAACAAGGUCCUGGUUACACAUAUAGCCAAGGUGAUAUAGAUAGGCCUAAAAACGGCGUAACAUACGGGCAGUCGGGAGUUGAGCCUCAAUCUACAUAUGACUAUGGUACAAACGCCCAAAAAGGUCCAGACUCUAGCUAUGGGUCAGGUGGAAGUAACCCUAGCGGUACCUAUGAUCAAUCAAUAGGACCACAAACACCUGGAGGUAUAGGAUUACAAAAUUAUUAUCCAGAUAGCGGAAAUGGUCAGCAAGGCUAUGCUAAUAAUAAUCCGGAUUACGGUGGAAACAAUCAGGGACCAACCAAUAUUAAUGGAUAUGAACAGCCGCAGGCUGCUGGUCAAAACACAAAUUAUGGUGGGGUACCACAAAAUGUUAUGGAGCCGAACUCUAUUAUAGAAGAAGACGAUGAUUCACAAGCUUUAGCAUCAGUUUAUCAAGGUCUCAAUGGAACUACAGCGUCAGCUUCAUCACAAGGCGGAAACGAAAAAGGUCAUGCACAAACUAACGUCCAGGGUACGUAUACAGAUACUGGAUCAUUCAGCGCACAAGCUUCCAUAAGCGAUGACAAUAAGGGUGCAGAAAGUCAAGUAUCUGGAAGUAAAAAGGGAGCUACCAGUAAUGCCGAAGGUAGAGGAAGAAAAAAUAAGUCACAAGCAGCUGUUAAACUUGGAUCUGAAACCGGCUCUAUUCAGACCGAAUCACAGAGCGGAGGAAAUAUGCAUUCGUCCAACACCCAAGUACAAGGAAGCGUUAAAGGCGGAGUAGCUGACGCUCAAGCUCGUGGACCAGGCAGUACUUCGUCUCAAGCACAGAUUGGCUUCACUCCUUACAAGGAGGGUGACAAAGCACAUGAAAUUAUGAAAACGCCGUUCGAAGGAGGAGGCACGGCGUCGGCACAAUCAAGUGGACGUAUGGGCACGUCUCAGUCGCAACUACGUGGAACAUUCAAGUAUGGAAUAACAUAUAAUGGUGCAGCACAGGCUGGUGCAAGUCUUGACAAAGAUGCAGUUUUCUCAAAUUUUACAUCAUUUGAUAAAAUAGAUGUUUUUGACCAAAACAACACAAACAUAAAUGUCAAUGUCGAGAAUACUGACAAACCUCUAGAUUCAUCCACAACAUAUGAAGGAUUGGAAAAAAAUGAAGAAAAUACUAUCCAGGAAUCAAACAUUAGUUACAACGGACAUUCUCACUAUGAUCAUCAUAAACCAAAGGAAGAAGUCAAUACAACUAAUAUUAUUCCGUUGCCGAGUAAUAGACGGUCUUUUUCAUCGACAUAUGAUAAUAACAACAAUAAUAAUGGUGGCGACUACGAUUAUAAUGUAGACGACACUCCAACAGACGAAUAUGACGUGGAAGAAGUUCCUGAAGGAGUGGACAAUAUUCCCAACGAAUACGCUAACUAUGAUAACUACGGCAGGGAGACUGAAAACACUCAUCAAUCACAAAGACAGCACAGCACAUCAAGAAAAGGUCUCGAAGUGAAGCAAUCUACUGGUGGCAGCACGCAACACAUUUUAAUUGGGUCUUUAAAAAACCAAGAUGCUAAAAUCACUCAAAUAAAAUCGGAACGUCCCGACGAAAGUAAAGUGUACCAACCUGGGGAACGCGUGCCCGGCAUGGGUGGCUAUACGAUACCGGCUGGUUUUACUGGUAGUGUAAAAUCAGUAUCGUCUAAAGAAAAGACUUAUGUGGUAGGUACUAAACAUUCUCCCUCGCAGGCGCAGACCGUCACACUGACACCAGGUUCGGGCAAAGUGAAAUAUUCUUAUCCAGAGUACUACGGAAGAAAUAACAUUAACCCGAAAGAUUUAAGAUCAUUGUACAACCCACGGGCAGACGACAACCGAUAUGUUUCUGUUUCUAAAUCAGUGACACGUGAUCUAGACAGUGAAAACAAUAUUAGAAAACAGUACUCCCACACUUAUUACACCAAAUCCUCGUCCUGUGGAUAUUUUACGUUUACAUGCACAAUGGUCAGUAGUGCCGAAGGUAAGAAAAAAGUAUGUAGACCAAAGAUUCCGACUAAUCCAGACGGAACCCCAAUGAGAUGUUAAUUAUAAAUUAGUUCUAAAUUUAGCAUAAGUAUUCUAUCAUUGAUAUCAUUGAUAUUGUAGUUGGACAGUGCAAUCACGAUUUUGUUACUUGUAACUAAAUUGCAUGAAGUGUUCAGUAAUUAAAUGAAUAAGGUGAUAUAAGUGUGUAUUAGGUAAGUUCAUUAUUAUGAUAAAUAAAAAAUAUAACAAAUGUAAUUAAUGU